UUCGAAAAACUAUCUUCUAUUGUGACCCGCCGGUAUUUGUGGCGAUUGCAUCAGUCCUAUCGAACAAGAGUCCUGUAUCCAAGGAGCUAUUUUGCUAACCUGCCCAGCUCGAGUAUUGCACACUCCCUAAUUAAGUAGCCAUGUCGACAAACAACGUUCUUAUUUACGUUAUACGCCAUGACUUGCGUGUCUCUGACAAUCCCAUCCUACAUUAUCUUGCUUCUACACCAGGCCACGGGUUCACACAUCUCUUGCCCCUCGUUGUCUUACUACCGCACCAAGUUGAGGUUUCCGGGUUUCUGACAGAAGGCAGCAAAUCACCCUUCCCCGAAGCUAAAAGCGAAAUUGGACGCUACUGGAGGUGUGGGCCGCACAGGGCUACAUUCAUUGCACAGUCGAUUUGGAACAUGAAAGACAAUUUAAAGAAACUGGGAAGCGACUUAACCAUCAGAAUAGGGACGUACGAUAGAGUAUUGAAAUCACUCGUCGACGGCUUGCGAUCGACGGGUGUUGAAGUUGGAGGAAUAUGGACUAUAGAGGAAGAAGGCUACGAAGAGAAACGGGACGAGAAGUGCAUAUCCGAGGCUUGCUCGGGCCUAGGCCUAAACUUUCGAAAAAUUUUGGAUGAAAAGUAUUUCAUCGAUGAUCGAGAUUUAAAGCUCGAGGAGGAUGAUCUCCCAGAUGUAUUCACAACUUACAGGAAAAUGAUGGAACCAUUGCGGGAGAAACCUAGGGCAACCUUAUCUCCCCUUCAGAAAGACACCUUGCCGAAGCCUGUCGAUAUGUCUUCAAUUCCAAAUCAAGAGUCGCCUUUCGAAGUUCCAUCUUCGUACGACGAAUUCGAAGAAGCACUUUUAACACCCGUCAGGGGAGUUUUGUCUAACGUUCCACCCUUUCCUGACGGGGCUAAGUCGGCUCAUCCUUUUCGGGGCGGGGAGGAUAAUGCUCAUAUUCGAUUGGAUCACCUGAUCAAAUCGGGAUGUGUCUAUCAGUAUAAGAGCUCGCGCAACGGGCUCUUAGGAAGCGACUUCAGCACGAAGUUGUCUGCUUAUCUUGCACAAGGAUGCAUCACAGCUCGUCAGAUACACGAAAAACUUGUGGCAUACGAAGAUGGAAAAGACGAAUCACUAGCCGAAUCUCCGGGGUAUGGUGAGGGAGAAAACGAAGGGUCGAAGGCGAUACGAUUCGAGUUACUCUGGCGUGACUACAUGAGGCUAUGUACCAGGAAGUUCAAAGCGAGGCUUUUCCUCCGAUCUGGGUUCAGAGAUGACCACGCUGACAAAUGGAAAUCAGCCAAGAGCGAAGAUAUGGCAGAAGGUCAACAGCAGUCAGCUGAUGAAAUUUCUAAGAUAGUGAAGAGAGUCUUUGAUGGAACUACUGGAAUGGGACUGAUUGAUGCUUCUCAAAGAGAGCUACUACACACCGGAUAUACCUCGAACCGCGCUCGUCAGAACGUCGCGAGUUUCCUCGCCAAGCAUCUCUCUAUAGACUGGCGCUAUGGUGCCGAAUGGUACGAAAUGCUAUUGGUCGAUUACGACGUUUCAUCGAACUGGGCAAAUUGGCAGUACGUUGCCGGAGUGGGAAACGACCCUCGAGGAGAAGCGCGGAUCUUUAACCCUGUAAAACAAGCUUUCGAUUACGACAAGGAUGGGGAAUACGUACGCUGCUGGGUACCUGAGGUGCGGAAGCUCGAGAAAUUGGAACAUGUCUUCCAGGCUUGGACGACGCCGAAGGAAGAUUGGGACCGACUUGGCUUGAAGGACCUCGCCAUGGCCGAGGACCCAAUAAAGAAGAUUGAGUUCUCUGUGGAAGGAAAACCUAAAAGCUCCAAGCGGCCAUUCAUCCGUCGGCGCGGUCGAGGACGCGGGGGCAACAAUCAUGCUCCACAAUCUCCCGUGGCUGAACAACAGCCGAGCGGCACCAAUGAUAUUGAUAAUGUCAUUAAGGACGAGGAACUAGCUGGUAGACCGUCUAUCAUCCCUGCACAGCCAAAUACAGGAGAAAGGAAUCGUGGCAGUUUUCGAGGCGGGCGAGGAUACGGUGGAAGCUAUCGAGGUCGUGGUUUUCGGGGAUUGAGAGGAGGAUACCGGGGUCGGGGUUGGUCAAACUAUGGUCAACCAUCACCACCACCGCCGCCGCCACCGAUUCAGCAAUUAGCUCCAGCCGAACAGGCGCAAUAGGAUUCGCAUUAUCGUGCGAUGAGUUAUCAUCAGUACUACCCACUUCCCGUGCCUUUUUCUCCCUUUGGUAUUAUAAUGUUCUACAGAGAUGAUAUCGACAGAAGUCGCCAUUUUAGCAUGUUUCAACCGUCACUCCCUGAGACUCGACAUAUAACCAGUGAGCCAUCACUAAGCUCACUCGAAGGGUCAUCGCAAGGCGGGGGUGCGUAUUCCCAGCGGACGUACCAAUUGAGUACCGACGAGGAGUAAUGCCUCGAAGUAAAUUUACUAGGCUCUGUAA